AUGUCGAACCAAACCCCAGAAGCCCAAGCUGCGGCGGCCGCGCAUCUCAAGCUCAUCGAGCAGCUCGACAUCCAUUCCAUUCCCAAGUCAUACCGUAACCCCCAUUGGCGACCAAACCCGCGCCGCAACAAAAACAUCAAGACCAUCCUAGGCGACGCGCAACGAAAAGAAGCCAGUUCUCUUCUCGCCACUCCGGCAGAUGCCAGUGGCGCCGCUACGCCCGCCCCAGUUGGCGACGACGGUCUUUCCACCAGCGGAACCUCAACACCGGCCGUACCAUCGGCCAACGGCGCGAACGCGAAUGGCACAACGGCCAAUCUUGCCCAGGCAUCUAGGAGCUUGUCGAAGCUGGUGCUGGAGAAAAGCCUCAACGUACCAGGGAAGGGAUCAAACGGGCUGCUGGCCGCGAGUCUGUCCUCGGCACCAGUCGCGACGUAUACCAACAUCGAAAGCGCACCGAGCAUGGCGCCCCAGAAGCGCUACUGUGACAUUACUGGGCUGUCGGCACCGUAUAUUGAUCCCAAGACCAGGCUGCGAUAUCAUAACGCCGAGGUGUUUGCUAUGAUUCGGAGUCUACCACAGGGCGUGGGAGAGCAGUUCUUGGAGGCCAGAGGUGCUCAUACGGUUCUCAAAUGA